GCGCAUGCCUAAGAAAGAAGGUUCUUCGAAAUGUGCCACGAAAACCGUCCCGCAAACUGCAGAGCUAAUGCCAGGCCAUCACCCGGGAACAUAGUACCUCAUUCUGUUGUACAGGAUAAUCGUGAACUAGAGGUCCUUGCUCUUCAGGUACUCGGCAUCUUCAAUGUCAUCCGGAUCAGGAAGCUCAUUGGCACCCAUCUCCUCCAUCAAAUUCUCAAUCCUGACCUUCCUGCCGUUCCUGGAUCUCCUCUGCUCAGGAGUCUUGCCGCGGGGAUGCUUCUCAUAGGCACCAGUGACACCAAACUGCGGGUGCACAUUGAUCUCCACCACCUUGUCCCGCUUCCUACCCGCCGCCUCCAGCGCCCGCCGGGAGCGCACGCCAGCAUCCUUCACCACAACCGCGUCCUGCCCGGCCCUGCCAAGGCGAACGUUGCGAAGGGUGCGCGUCUUGGCGCCCAGAGCCCACAGGUCACCCCACUGAGCCUUGCGAGCGUCCCGGUACGCCUGCUUGGAGAACGACUUGGACACCACCCACCGCUCAAUCGUCGCCUGCGGUGUGCAGACAUCGAGUGUAACAUGGCCGUGGCGCUUCAGCGGUGGGAGGAUGUUGCGGGGUAG